AUGGACUCUCGUAGAGGACUUAUCGUACACAAGACGUACACCAGAGGCCUCUACUGUGUACGCCACCAGCACGGACUGGAUUUUAUACGUCUACGAGGCGACGUCUACGUCACAACCGAAGCUGGACUGUCCUUAUUCUACUACACCAGUACGGUGCUUCGUGUACGGUUCGUCGUACGGUUCCCGAUGUCUCGUCGGGUCGGUUCGUAUGCACGUUCGAGCAAGGGUGUUUCUGAUUCGGUGCCCCCUCGUUACAUUGAGGAUGGUGAGGUUGUGGUUCCUAAAGAGGGGGGUCAUCAGAAUGCGUAUCGUGAUGUCGAAAUUGUUCCAUUUAAGAUCGAAAGUCCAACCGCCCAGGUAAAGUUUAUCUCCAUCCCCCUUCCGAAAACGCUAAUUGGGGGGUAG